CAGCUUGCCAAUUCAUAUCAAAUACGUUCAGCUCGAAUCAAACAUGAACUGCCUGAAGAUCUGUGGCUUUGUCUUUGCGCUGAUUGCAGCUCUGUCUAGUGCUGACGCUGCUACACAAGUGCUACAUGCUGGUGGCCAUACGUUGAUACAGACAGAUAAUUCACAAUAUAUUCGCAAGAACUAAACCAACACCCAAAUAAAGCAAUUAUAAGCAUGUAA